AUGUGCAAGAGCUAUUUGCCCGCCCCAUCGCAGCUGCCGAAUCUGCAGCACUUGAAAGCCGAAGCAGGCAGGGCGAAUCUUGCACUGCAGUCAUCGGCAGACAUCCUCCGUCACUUCAAGGGCUACUCGGACCGCGAGAGCCUGUCUAGUGGUGCAACGUGGAGAACCCUAACCCUACUACUAGUCAUAAGCAGAAAAAAUGACUACGUCGACCACAUAGAGGCCACGACGUCCAUCUCGACAGCGAGCACGCGUCUUCCCGUGAUAUGCCUGUCGCUAGAAGCGCAAUGCGAGAGGGCGCACGAGGAGCAGCGUGCGGAAGUGCUCGCCAUCUUCUUCGAAACAAUAUCCACCCUCCGUCCGGAGCAACUAGUAUUCAGAAUCAGCCUGUCCGCGGUCCAGUGGAGGGAGAUGUUUGGCCGGUUGACGAGCGUGAGUAGCCUUCGUCUGGCCGCCGGGGCCGACGAGCAUGUGCUCGAAGCGCUCUGGGUCAAACACAGUAGGACGGUUGGACUCGCAUCCGAGAAUAACCAAAUCCACCACGCCCACACCAGCUCCCCCACUGCCGACUCCGAAAACACCAUCCUCUUCCCCGCCCUGCAAUUCCUGAUUGUCAACGAACUCGAAGGCUCCUCUACCCCCUACAGGGGUACAUUUGCCGCGAGCCUAUGGGCCGUCCUAUACUCCGGCAGGCGCUGCGGGAGUAUCCUUGAAGGAUUGACUAUGGAAAGCGCAGAGCGGUCGCCGCAAAUGCGCGUGCACGCGUUGGAGGCAACAGUGCGCCGAGUCGAGCUGCGGGAUCCCUGGGGCAUGCCUGAUAUAGCGGAGUGUAAUGAUGUGGAAGUGACACAAUCCACUCGCCCUCUUGAAGACGAGGAAAAGUCAUCUGAGGAGGACGCUCGCAGUGGAUACACCGACACGGAUUGGGACUACGAUGAUUAA